UAUCAAUUGUCAAUGUCAGUAUCAAAAAUAUCUUAUGUAAAAAUUAGGAAUUUAUUAAUUUUUAAACGAUUAUUGCGUACUAACUAACUAUUGGAAAACAUUAAUAUAAACUAUUUAAAAUGCUACGACUUCGACCUGCUUUUAGAAUGCUGCAGCAAAUAAAUCGCGUAGCAAAUUUUAGUGAUACUACGAAGGGUGUAGAUACAACGUAUAUGGAAAUUCCAGUAUAUAAUAUAGACAAACCGCAACCACUUGAUAGUCGUAAAGCUAGACUGCAUUAUCAAUCCCGAAAAAGAGGAAUGUUGGAGAAUGAUUUACUUCUUAGCACCUUCGCCAAGAAGUACUUGGACAGCUUCACAGAAGAGCAGACAAUGAUGUAUGAUCGCCUCAUCAACUCGCCAAGCAAUGAUUGGGAUUUGUUCUACUGGAUAGUUGAAAAACAGCCCACACCUAAAGAAUUUGACAACGAAAUAAUGGUUCUACUAAAGAAACACGCCAAAAAUGAAAAAAGGGUCAUAUUAUCUCAACCUCCAUUACAUUAAAUGAUUUGACUUAGACUCUGUCAGUUAUUUUUAGAUAAAUCUAGAGAAAAAGAA